CCUCCUGGUUCCACAGGAUUUCUCAGGCAGCCUCCAUGGAAGGAGGGAGCCAAGAAAGAGAUCUGACCUAAGUCCAAAGAUGAUCAUCACAACAUGGAUUGUGUACAUUCUCGCCCGGAAAGGGGUGGGGCUCCCCUUCCCACCAAAAACCAGUUCUGAAAUUGAAGUUGUGGAAAGUGAGGCUCUGUCUGUAGUACAGCAUUGGUUGAAAAAAACUGAAGAAGAGGCCUCCCAGGACAUAAAGGAGAAGAUGUCCACUGAUGGUCCUCCCACCCAUGGCCAAGAUAUACACGUGACCAGAGAUGUGAUAAAGCACCAUCUUUCAAAGUCUGGCUUGCUAUCAAACCAAAGUCAAGAGGUUCUGGAGGAGAGAACAAGAAUCCAGUUCAUAAGAUGGAGCCACACCCGCAUCUUCCAAGUGCCUAGCGAGGUGCGGGAGGAAGCGAUGCGGGACCGGAUAGAGCAGGUGAGGCGAAGUCUGUCCCAACUUACCAAUCCAUCAUCGAACGAGUUUCAAAGCAAAACUUACUUCUCUGAGUGCUGAGAGCAACAGGUGAGAGAGAAGACAGAUUACGUCCUCCCAGGUUGAGGAAGAGCAGCCUGUGUGGGAGCAGCACCAUCCACCCUUGACCUGAGGAGCAACCACAUCCAGAACCCAGCGGGUGAGCCCUUUUUGGGACAGUCGGCAGCACUGGAGUCUGCUGCUGAGCUGUUAAUAAAGAGACAUGCUAUUUAACCA